AUGGCAGGAAGCCCAUUCUUAAUUUUUCGAGAUUACACUAUCUAUCUAUCUAUCUAUCUAUCUAUCUAUCUAUCUAUCUAUCUAUCUAUCUCUUUAUAUAUAUAUAUAUAUAUACAGUGGAACCUCGCAAUUUCAACUGUCCUCUCAAUUUGCCUGUCACUCUCACUCUCCCCAUCUCUCUCUCCUCUUUCUCCCUGUCACUUUCACUCGUUUCUAUCCAUCAGCCCGAACAACCUCUCGCUAUAUAUAUCUACACCAUCUCUCUCCUCUCAUCGCUCUCCCAGUUUCCUUCUCCCCCAAUACCACACUUUUCCUCUUUCUUUCCCCCAAUCUUUCUCACUUCGCUUUCUCUCCCUCGGUAUUUUCUUCACUUUCUCUCUGCUUCACUGUCUUGCCAUCUCUCUCUGUCUUUCUCUGUACCUCUCUCAUGCUUACUAUUCCCAUCUCUCUCCCAUUUAUCUUUGUAUCUUUCACUAUCUCCGAUCUCCCCUCAUCUGUUUUUCAUUUCCCAAUGUCUCUCUUUUCCUGUCUUUCUCUCUCCCCAAUCUUGCUCACAUCCCUCACCCUCCUUCCCUUUUCUCUCUCCUCCUGACUCUGUUUCUCUCUCUCUCUCUCUCUCCCAUUGUCUUAUCUUCUCUUUGUUCGUCACACUCAAUCUCCCCAUAUUAUUUCUUUCUCUUUUACUCCCAUCACUCUAACCUACCCUCUCUUCCUCCCAGUUCCUCUCUCCACAAAAUCUCUCUUUACCGCUCUCUCUUUCCAAUCUUAGUCAUUCUUCUUUUCCCAUCUCACUUUGUCAUCCUUUCUCUCUCACUAUCACUCUCUCUCCGUUUGCUUACAGUUCUAUAA